AUGGCAGAUGUUGCGUUGGGCCUGGGCAGCGUCUUCUGCGGGUGCCAAGCGAACGUUUUCCUGCUGGAGCUCAUCAUCAAAGGCUCGCCCGACACAUUUUACGCGCUGACCUGUGCCCAGUACGUCUGUGUUGCCUGCUUUUCUCUGCCGCUGCUGCUGCGCUUGAAGGAGCCGUGCGAGGAUGUUGAGGGGGCUGCCAGCAUGUGGCCGUUUUGCUUGCGCCGCACGCGCAUCUCUCGCCGCAACACGAUUACGCUCGCCGUGCUGGCGUGGGCCAUGUCCGUGGCGAACAACGUUGUUUUCAGCUUCGACGUCUCGGUGCCGCUGCACGCGACCUUUCGCUCGUCGGCGUUGAUGAUGAACAUGCUGGCGGGCUAUCUCUUCCUCGACAGGCGCUUCACCCUGUGGCAGGUGCUGUGUGCGCUGGCGAUUUGUGGCGGGCUGAUCGCCUUGACGCUGGAGAAGACGCGCAAGGCACAGAAGGAAAGCCAGGCAGCGCUUGCAUCGAACACACUUCUGACUCCGACGUGGCGCGGCACGUUGGGCGUUACCAUCCUCGUCUCCACCACCUUCUGUACCGCCGGCUUAGGUGUCUUUCAGGAGUACGUGUACCGCGACACGCGCAACCGUGAGGCAGCACGGGUGGCACGCCUUCCCAAGACGGCACAGGCCAAGGACGACGCGCCGCCUGUGUGGGCAGAGGCACUCUGCGCGUCACACCUCCUCGCCGUCCCUCUCUUCCUGCUCUACCCUUCGCGGCUCUUUCUUGAAUUCUCGAACAUUCGCUCCGAGAGCCAAGUGCAUGUGCUGCUGAACUGCCUGACGCAGGUGGUGUGCAUUGCAGGCGUCUAUCUCAUGAAUCAGCGCACCUCUGCCUUUGCGCUGACGCUGACGCUGACGCUGCGCAAACUUGCCACGAUUGUGCUUUCGAUCUUUUACUUCGGCCACUAUCGCUCCUUUACGCUGGUGGAGUGGAUCGCCAUGAUCGGCGCGAUGGCGGCCGGGACCGCCUACCCGUUUUUACCCAAGGCACCUCCAGCGGAGGAGCCACCAUCGUCGGUGACGGCAAGCCGCAGGCCACACAAAGCCGCCGCCAGUAAAUCCUAA